AUGGCCUCUCUGAGGUAUUGGAAACCAUUGAAGAGGCUAGUUGCUGGCGACUGUGAAGCCCAGCUGCAGCCUGCACUUGAUCCCGAUACCUCUGCCUGCAGUGCUCUGUUGAGGAUUCAAAGACUUAUAGAUAAGUCAGCUGUCGGACUUGAAAAUUCAAGUGUAGUAGCACCUACAAACAAAGUGAGUAUGGGCAAAGGACAACGACGAGAUAAACAGAAAUCCAAUACCAGAGGUGGGAGAAGCAGGUGUACACAGGAGAAAGAGCAACAGCAGAGGCCCCAGCAAGGCAUUGAAGAACAUCCUCAUCAUGAAGAAACACGUGUCACUGAGCGCCAUAUGAGUCCAGCUUCAGAUUUGGAAGUCAAGAUUAGUCGAGAAAUGUCACCAGCUACAUUAUAUCAGGCUGCCCGCAAAGUGCAGAUCACUGCCAAUAAAGCCAAAGACAGUGCCAGAUUGAUCCGGCAAAAGUACGAGGAUACAAUAGAUCAUGGGCUGGGUCUAGAUGGACAAAGCAAUAGCGAGUCACCAAGGAAAAGACCGUAA